AUGGAGGCGGGCGCGCGGCGCGGCGCGGACGCGGCGUCGACGCGCGCGUGGGUCGGGCGUCGAUGGGCGCGGCGCGGGGGGGGUACUAGGGGGGGAGUGGCGGCGUCGCGGGGGGGGGGGGUGGCGGCGUCGGAGGUGGUUGACGUGGAUGAGGGGGGGAUCGCGCGGGCGCUUCGCGCGCGCGGGUUGACGCUCGGCGAACGCGUCGAUCAGGGCGCGUUCGCGGUGGUGUACAAGGCGACGAGCGUGGGGGGUGGGGAUGGAGACGAUGCGUGGCGGGGUGGGGCUGGGACGGUGCACGCGGUGAAGGUUUUGAGCGCCGCGGCGAACACGGUGAGCACGCGGCGAGACUUUGAGCGCGAGGCCAAGCUGUUGACGAGGGUGAGUCAUCCGGGGAUCGUCAAGGCGCACUUUUACGACGACAGCCCACAACCGUACAUGGUGACGGAAUUUUGUACGAGCGGUAACCUGUGGAACGCGCUGAGAGCGAAAGAAAUCAAGGCGAGCCGUUUCGACGGCGGCGAGGUCGCGAUGAUACCCGACGACAUGCCUCUGCUCGAUUUUCCCACCCUUGUGAGGGACAUCGCGGACGCCCUGACGUAUCUCCACACCGCUGGAUUUGCGCACAGAGACAUAAAGACGUCGAACAUUUUACUCACGUGGUCGGAUGAGCUAGGUCGCAUACAGGCAAAGUUGUGCGAUUUUGGAAGCGCGGCUCCGGUGAGCAAAAUGCCGCGACGGCCAAAACGAGGAACGAUCGAGCGCGCGCUCGGGCUGGGUAAAGGAUGGCAGCCGGUCGGGACAAUGCUCUGGAUGGCACCCGAGAUGCUCAGUCCACCGAUGGUCGGCGAAGAUCUGGCGGGUUUCGGAGGUGAUAAAUCAGACGUGUACGCGCUCGGCGUCGUGAUGUGGGAGUGUUUGGAGUGGCGAAUCCCCUGGAUGAACGAAGGCUCGCCCACGCGGGCGCGAAUCAUCGAGGAGGUCGUCGACAACGGUUCGCGUCUCAUCCCAAAAGAAACCACGUCGAUUGCUUUAAAAGCGCUGUUGAAGUUGAUGUUCGAAACUAUCCCGGCGGAUCGUCCAUCAGCAGCUCGAGUUUCGCAGACGUUGGAGAGCAUGAUGCGUCGGUGGGACUCGACUGGUUCGUUCGACCACGUGUGUCGCCUCGCUAGUACGCGCGGUCGAGAGGUUGCGGCAUUGCUCGAAGGGUCCUCAGUUGAAAAAGACACGCAAAACGUCAUCGAAGAGGAGGCUCGCGCCGUCGCGGGCGACGCAGAGAAAGCCAAGCCGGAAUCGGCCUCGGAGUCGUCUACCGAGUCGUCGUCCGAGUCAUUGGCGGAGUCAUCAGACGCCUGGCCUGCGAUGCUGGCAGAAUCAGCUAGCUUCGUGCAAAAGGAGGCUGAGGUCGAUAAAGUCGUGGUCGCUGAUGCAAAUGCACCCACGUCGAGCGAAAGAGACAGAAAAGCGGGUGAGCUACUCUUGACGCGAACCGAGGAGAAUAGAAUCAGACUAACGGAUAUCGAUCCCGAGUCUUGGCUGGGCGAACCGGGGACACUCGACGCGGACAUGUUGGGCAAAAACGUAGUCAACAUGAUUUUCCCGCAUAUAUUGAACGCGGAGUAUACGCCGGAAAUGGCGGAGUCGAUGGUUGCCGAUAUCGAGGCGUUGCAGGAGCUCACAAAGAAGUUCAACGAUCUGAAGCGAAGAUCUAGGACCGAUCCAUUCGCCGCUUUGGCCGUCGAUGCGAAGGGACGGGAAGUGAAGAGGAUGACGAAGAAAAUAGAGCGCACGGAGGUGGAGGCUCAGCUUGCUGCGUGGGAUAAAGUCAGAACGAUCCUUCGCGAAGAGCUUAAACGGUCGGAUGACGAGAUCUCGUCAUGGCGGAAGGAGCUUCGUCGUCUGUGA